UCGAGCUCAAAAUCGUGAAUUCGUACAAAAAAAUGGAGGAAAUUUCUAAUGAAAACGGUGAAGUAACCAAUCUGCCAGAGGUUGACAUAAAAUGGUGUGAGUAUUGCCCGUCUACUCGACAAGAAGGAAGCCUGCAAGCACUCAAGGAAACCUUACCGCAUGGGUACCAGUAUAUUUGCUGUCAGCAGGAGACUUCCAGAAACGUGCCCCGGGUGGAUUUCCGAGUAAACAUAAAGGAUGAGCUGUCGGCCAAAGAGUGGCUAGCCAAGUACCAGGAGACAACACUGGCAACAUGGCGAACAGCAAGGACAUAUCCAAACCGGGGCAGCAGGACACUGUGUCGUCUGGAGAAGAGGUGUCAGCACAUGACCUGCCCACGCUCCAAAUCGGCCGACUUACGAAAGGGUUCCAAGAACACCAAUUGCCCAGCCGUGCUCAUUGUUAUCGUCAGGAGGACCGAAUUCAAACGCCACAAUGGUAAAGAAAGAAUGUGCCGGUCAGAAGAUCACCAUCUCCCCAAGUGGCCCAUGACGGUUGUCCUGAAGCAUGACCACAACCACCCCCUGAAGGCGGCCAACAUGCUGCGGCACCGUGAUGUCUCCAAGGACGUGCGCAAGAAGCUGAUAAAACUCUUCCGGGCCGGUCAUUCGGCCACCAGUGCCCUCAACAUGCACCAGUAUGACCUGCAAAUAGAGCAUGGAGAUGAUUAUGUCUUCCUGAGCGGGGACAGACACCACAAUCCCGAUCUCAACUUCACUUGGAGGUUGUACAACCAGAUUUUUGGAAAGGCAAAAACCAACCAGGGCGAGAGGCCGAAACACCUACCUGUGCCAGGGGAGAUUAUCGACGAGGCAGUGGGUAAGCGGAGGGACAAGAGAACAUUCACCAUCAACUCCAACCCGGAGAUGGUGGCCAUGUUGCAGGAGAAGAUUGACAAGUACAACCUGGAGAAUGGGGACUGUGUCCGGUGGAAAGUGGAAAGCAAUCACCUGGUGAUGGCCAUCGUCACGCCCCUCAUGAAGCGCACCCAUGCCCUGAUCAAGUAUGCUGGAGAGAUGGUCUUUAUGGAUGCCUCAGGCACUAUGAGCCGGCACAACACCCAGGUCUUCAUGAUGAUGACACCCAGCUUUGCUGGUGGCCUGCCCCUCGGUGCGUUCAUAACCACUGGUGACUCAAAACAGCUCAUCCAGUCUGCCAUCCAGCUGGGCCAGGAUAUCUUAGGUGAUACUGCCUUCUACGGGCGAGGGAUGGCAGGCCCUGAAGUUUUCUUCACUGAUGACAUUGAUGCUGAGAAGUUUGCCCUGGAGGGUGUUUAUCCAGGAUCCACUCUCAUCCUUUGCAUCUAUCAAGUCCUGCAGGCUUUCUGGAAACACCUUUUUGAUCCCAAGUUCAAGAUCCACAGGGGCGACGGGCCCUACCUGUUCGAAAUGAUGAAGGCCAUGCUGUAUGCAUCGUCGGAUGCCGACCUAGAAGUGUCCUAUCAGAACAUCAUGCAUGACGACAUUGCAAACAAGUACUCACCAGUGAAAGCAACGUAUCUCAGGAUGUAUGAGAGGAGGACAGAGUGGGCACUGUGCUACCGGAACGCUUUGCCUCUUUGUGGCAACAACACAAGUAACUACUGUGAGUCGGCCAUGAGGAUCCUGAAGGACAAGAUCUUCCACCGGGCCAAGACAUACACUGUCGUCCAACUGGUUGAUUUCCUGCUGACAAGGAUGGACCAGUAUUACCAGAAGCGCCUGCUGGACGUUGGCCACAACAGGCUAAAUGAGGCCCUUGCGUCACGCUACAUCUCUAGUGGGGGUCCAACUGUGUGCACCCACAAGGACAAGAUCAUCCAGGAAUCGGCAAUGGUGUUCCUCAUACCAAAUGAGAAACCCGAGGAGACCACUUACAGGGUGGACAUGACUGUUGGACUCUGCACCUGCCGCGUUGGCAGCACAGGUGGGCCUUGCUGUCACCAGAAAGCUGUCCUGACUGGCUUCUAUAUCCCCUCCUGGAACUUUAUCCCAGUGAAGGAUGAGGCCAUGAGAGAGCUCCUUUUCCAAAUUGGGGGUACCAUGGAGGAAGAGAAAACCCAAACCCGAAAGCGUCCCAGGGAAGAUGAGGUGUGUGAAACUGAUGACUUUGACCUAGCAGCCUCAGAAUACGAUGACACGCCACUGGAGGAAAGAAAGAUGUGCAAGGGAACGAAGAGGAAGGGCAUGGUUGUGUCUCCAAAGGUGCAUCAGAAGAAGGUGCUGGCCGAAUUGGAUGCCUUUGUGGCUAGGAUCAAAACUGGUUACCUUAACAAUCCCUGCGUGUACAAGGAUGCAUUGGAGGACUUUGUCCACCAAACAAAGAAGUUUAAGACAGACGCUGAGCUUGUAUGUGCCUUAUACACAUUUGGGGAAUAGAACGGAAUGUUUGUGUGUGUGGAACACUUUCCAAUAGAAGGCAGACUCCAAGAUGUUUCAUGAGGAAUGUAAAAUACAUGUGUGUGUGUACAUGCAUACAUUGUCUCAUGGUGCCAUCUACGUGAAUGAGAUUUUGUGGGCCAGUGUUUUGGUCAUUCAGCUAGACUGAAUGUUGACCUUUUUAAUGUACCUCUUCACAUUCAAAAAUAUUGUGUUUAUCACCUUCUUUAUGAGAGAAGAUCAGUUUGGCCCAGUGCACUUUGUUUUAAAGAAUAAAACAAAAGCUAGUAAUACUGUAUUCCAUAAUAUUCUACUCCUUCCCUUUUUGCUAUCGUAUGAAGGAACUCUGUAGGACUGUUGAGAGCACUCUUAAGCCUGCUAUGGAGUGCCAAGUGAGGGUAUUUCCAUUGAUAUUAAGUGGUGUACGAACUAUGUAAAUACUGGCCAUGUGAGCACUUUGCUAUCACCCCUGUGAACUUACAUUAAGUGUUGACACAUGAUCAUAAAAAAUUUGCUCUCAUUUUUCAGUUUGAUGUGCUUAGGCAGAAUGGCUAAACUACGUUCAAUUGACUGAGGCCCAGUGACCAUUUGUACUUCACAUUUUUCAUCUAUUCUGUUUUCAAACCAGUAGAAGUUGGAUAUCAACUUAAAUUCAUAUAUCAGUGGACUAAACUGGCUAAGUGUGAAGUUGAGGUCUAUGUGUUGAAGUAAACAUGUUGAAGUAAAUUGCAUUUCGUGAGAUGGAACCUGCACAAAAUAAUGGCAGGUCAUUCUUCUAUUCUAAUGACCCUCACUUUUGGCAUAUGUCGUCCGAAAUGAGUAGGCUUUUGAGUCUGGAAGAUCCCUAGACCAACCCAAUGUCCUAAGUCUACUGGUAAUUCUACACGUAGUUACCUAAGCAUGCCCCUCAUGUGUUUUCAUCAUUGUGGUCUUGAGUAUGACCUUUGUAUUUAUAACCAAACUUAGUGGCUCUGAUGGGAAAUCCCAUAAUCAGCUCCCAUUCCGAGGUUGAAGUUGAUCCAUAAACUAAAUACUUGUACAUAUGUACAUGCAGUUCAGUUACGACUAUGAAACUCAUGAGUUGCUCGUGCGUCUACCUACAUGUACGCAUAGAGGGCAGGAGAUGGCUGGAACGGUGAUUUGCAAUCAUGGCUUUGCUGGUGGAGCUUACACAGUGUCUUGAGAAGGAAACAAAAUAUUACAAUACAUACAUGUAGCGACAGACUGACUGAUCUCGUGGCAACCUUUAAAACACCCGUUUUUUAUUGCGUUAGAGGGGAACUUUGCAAAUUUUUUGGCAUGAUGGUUGCCUGAAGACGGCCUCACACUAGAGUUGGCGAGUGGCAACUUUAGCGAGCUUGGCAAACUGGGUUUGGACACUCGCCGGAGAAGAGCCGCGACUUGUACAUGUUAAGAACAGUUUUGAGAUGGUUUGGCGCCUUAUGCAAACGUACGUGAAGGAAAUGCGACUUCGUAGAUUGUUGCGCAAGCACUUAGCAACAAUUGCACCACUAGAAUCACGUCACGGCCACCAACCAGCUUGUGUAACUCCCCCCCCCCAGCCAAACCAAGGUCAGCCUCAGUCUGCAUCCAGCCGCUGGAGACAAUAGACGUGCAGGACCACCAGACGGACGUUCAAGACCAGCCCUGACUCCUGGCCUGGGUCUUCCUGUCCAGCCCAGGGCCUACCAUAGACCAGCCCAGGGUCCAAACCAUGGCUUUCUAUUAAUUUUGGUGAAAGCUGGCAACAUGUUUGAGAUGGUUUGUAGCCCAUCGCGUAACACACGAGAAGGCUUUGAGCAUGUUAGGACUACAUGUAUUUUGAAACGAUCUGGCAAGAAAGGCCGAAUGGUGACAUAAUAUUCACCAAGAAUUUUGAACAUAAAUUUUGAACAUGUUCAAAAUUCCUGUUCAUAUCUUUGUUAACUAGGACGAACCCCACAAACAUUUCGAAACACCUUAGCUCCUUUUUUUUUUUUUUUGACAAAUUUGCGAGGUGCUGCCAGUCCAGUUACAAUUUGCAAAAUGUGAGGAACCUUUAACCACACAAGAAAUUACCGGAAUUUAGAACCUGACAGUUUUUGUCAUUUUCCAUAUUUUGGUUCCGGAAGAAAAACAGGGAUUUCCUUUUGGAUACCUUGCCCUACUGAGGAUCGGGGUGCCUCAGUGUUGUUUGUAAAAUGUUUGAAAAGUUUGUGUUUUUAUCUUUACACUUGUAGUGGAACAGUAACUUUUCACGUGCCAGGAUGUAAAAACGCCGAAGUUAUUAAACAGAUGCAAAGCAAGGUCACAACUUAA